GGGGUGAGGCAACUAUAUAUUCUUUUUAACAAAAUAUUCGAACCAGUUUCAAUACGGUCUUCGAAACAUAUCAUGUUACAAUAGUUUUCUUGGUUUUUUUUUUACCCAUACAGCUCCAAGAUGAAAUUGUGUUGUGCGAUAGCUUGUUUUCUCUUUGUGAUAAGUACAAUAAAUGCACAGUUACCACCUAGACUGAAUAUACCAGGGGCAAUUCCUAUACCUCAAGCUCCCUCAAGACAGAUCCCAUAUAGACAAGGUAGAUUGUUACAACAAGAACCUCAGCCGCAGAUCUAUCAAAGACAGAGAAGACCAAAUCAACCAGUUCGCCCAGUAAUAGAAGAAGUGGAAGAUCAGUCGAAUUUUGAUGAUCAAGUCAAUAAAUUAGGAUUAUCAGCACUACACACUGCUGUUAGACAGGCCGAAGAAGAAGAACAAGUGACUGCAAGACCUGUGCAGGCAGUUCAAUUCAGACCAGAGAGACCUUUGCCCAUAUUACGCCAAGAUAUUAGAGAUAACUAUCCAUCUGAAAGACCUUCUCAAAGGCCAGUAGCAAGGCAACAAGAAUACAGGGAGCCACAACAAGUCAGAGUUCAACAACGACCAGUACAACAGAAUAGACCUCAACAAAGGAUAGCCUCAAGGCCAGCAGAAGAUGAAGAAGAUCCCAGAGCACGUAAGCCAGUAUCCCAAAUUUUGAGAAAGUACAGGACAGACAAUGCUGAUGGAAGCAUAACCUGGGGAUUUGAAAAUGAUGAUGGUACAUUCAAAGAGGAGAACAUUGGUGUUGAUUGUGUAAUUCGUGGGAAAUAUGGUUAUGUUGACCCUGAUGGUGUCAAGAGAGAAUACAGUUAUGAAUCUGGUAAUCCCUGUGAUAAGGUUGAAGAGGAAGAAGAGUUACCCCCACAAAUCCAAGGAAGAAAAGAACAACAAUAUUCCAACCAAGGGAAAAAAAUUCAAUAUAGGCCAAUUAGUCAGUAAAAUAUAAGCAAUUUGCCAUAAUUUUAAGAGUCUCAAACUAUUAUAGAAAGUUGAAAUUUUUUAAACUUGUUGAUAAUUCUGUUUCCUUUUUAUGCUCUUGGCAUCAAGGUGUACUGUGUACAGAAGAAUAAAUGUAUAUAUUUUUUCAGUUUAAUUAGAAAAUACAAUAUACAAAAUACAAUUUA